UUAGGCCUUUCUAAGAUUUUUUUUCUCUCGUAGUUGGUGUCCCUGUGGCCUUGUUGUGUCUUGGUUCACAUUGUCCUCCAUCCAGAGCAUGGGUUGACUCAACUGUGGCAGACAGCGAAAGUCAGGCUGAGAGGUGCCCUGGGAGGGACCAUGGUGCCAAGGCAGUUGUGGGAGAAACUGAAGCAGUCAUUUCUCUUCCUGAGCAGCGCCUCGCUCCUUCUGGGGCUGGCUUUACUGGUCAUACAGCCUAACAUUGCUCCUUUUGCUUAUUUCUUCCUCUGCUUGGCUGGCUUCUGCUUUCUUGCCUGCCUCCUGUCCUGUGUGGUGGAACGGAGCCUCCAAUCUAGGCAGAGCUCAAGGCAGACUGAGAAUUCAGAGGCCUCAGGCAAUGCACAGGUCAGUGAGGCUUUUGAGGUACCAACCUAUGAACAGGCCGUAGUGAUGGGCUCAGAAACACACCUCCAAGAGCUGGAGCAACCACCCCCUUACAGCAGUGUCAUUAUAGCCCCAGGAAUUGAGGGGGCGCAGCCUAGCCAGCUAGAGAGGCCCAGCCCAGGAAGGCUGAAGAGACGAGUGGGCUCGGAGGGGACAAUGUCUCACAGAGGAAAUCCUGGAGGAGCUCUUCGACUUAGGGGCCCACGAGUUGCAUCCAUUGCUCCCAAUCUGCAAAGCUUGAGGGUGGCCCCCAAAUUGGAGCCCACUACUCCACCCCCUGCCUACGACAUCUGUUUUGCUUACCCUGAAGAUGACAGUGUUUUCCAUGAAGACAAAUGGAUACUUCCCUAGGCCAUGCUCUCAGAACUUAUCGUCGCGGCACUCCUCUGCCCAGCAUUUCCUACUAUCUACUUAAUCAGAAACUGGUUUUGCCCGCCCGGACAUCAUAGACGGGGUCUUCAAACCAGCCGGGAGGCAGACUAUGGAAAGCCCUUCCCAUUUGAGAUAUGGGUGGCAGUUGGAUUCAUCUGGAAAAAUUCUGGAGCCCAUCUGACGUCCAGCAUUUCCAGAGUACGGUGGAAGAUGAGAGAGAGAGAAACUGG